CGAUUCCGGGGAAACGGGCGAGCAAACAUUCAGUCUUCUUUUUUUAUCUACUCCAGUAUUUGCUUUUGAUUAAUUUCAAGGGUUCCCUCACAUAAAAACGUUUGCAUUGCAUAUCGGUAGUUCUUUAGAAGGGAGGCUUCGUUAUAAACUUUCCUGGGUUUCCAUCUGGGGUUUUUGUUUUAGACAUUAAGACGGGAUACGGUUGUCGAGAUGUCGAAGGGAAUUAGGAUUGCUAUUGACCGUGGCGGAACUUUCACGGAUUGUGUUGGGAAUCCAGGUACCGGCAAGCUUGAAGAUGAUGUCCUUAUCAAGCUUCUUUCCGUGGAUCCCGCCAAUUACGACGAUGCUCCGCUAGAAGGAAUUAGGAGAUUAAUGGAGAAAUUCACCGGAGAGCAGAUCAAGCGUGGAGACCCAUUAGACACUUCGAAAAUUGAAUCAAUACGAAUGGGGACAACGGUGGCUACAAAUGCUCUACUCGAACGAAAGGGAGAGAAGUGCGCAUUGAUCACGACCAAUGGGUUCAGGGACUGUCUGGUCAUCGGAAAUCAGUCCCGUCCAAAGAUCUUCGAUCUCGCCAUCCGCAGACCGGAGGUUCUUUACCAGCAAGUCGUUGAGAUAAACGAACGAGCGGUCCGUAUUCUCUUAAGGCCUACUGAGGACUCCAUCCGAAAGGAUCUUCAACGGCUAUACGAUGAAGGAUUCCGGUCAAUCGCUGUUUGUUUGAUGCACUCCUACACAUUUCCAGACCAUGAGCAAAUUGUUGGCAAAAUUGCUGCCGAGAUUGGGUUCUCGCAUAUUAGCCUUUCAUCUCAAUUGAUGCCAAUGAUCAAGUUGGUUCCUCGAGCCACAAGCGCUGUCGCAGACGCGUACUUGACACCGGAAAUCAAGAGAUAUAUUUUGGGUUUUGAAAAAGGUUUUGCCGGGGGUCUUGGAAGAGAGAGCGUGCGGAAAGGGGGCAGUAAAGGGGCCAGGUGCGAAUUUAUGCAGAGUGACGGAGGCUUGGUUGAUGUUAGCAAGUUCUCUGGCCUCAGAGCCAUCCUUUCGGGCCCUGCUGGAGGCGUAGUCGGGUAUGCCCUGACAUCGUACGACCCUGAAACCAAGAUACCGGUAAUUGGGUUUGAUAUGGGCGGAACAUCAACAGAUGUUUCAAGAUAUGGCUCAGGGCGGUACGAGCAUGUAUUUGAGACUACUACUGCCGGUAUUACCAUCCAGAGCCCUCAAUUGGAUAUUAAUACCGUGGCAGCAGGUGGUGGCUCUCGGUUGUUCUGGAGAAAUGGGCUGUUUGUAGUUGGACCCGAAUCCGCUGGAGCUCACCCUGGCCCUGCCUGUUAUCGGAAGGGCGGUCCGCUGACUGUGACGGAUGCCAACUUGUUCCUCGGCCGACUGCUGCCAGAAUUCUUCCCGAAGAUCUUUGGAAAGAGUGAAGACGAAGCUCUAGAUGAGUCUACGAGCGAGAAAUUAUUUAAAGAGCUGACCGAGGAGAUUAAUAAAGAAUUAUGCGCAGAGGAGGGCAACAAACCCAUGUCUCCAGAGGAGGUUGCGUAUGGAUUUAUCAAAAUUGCGAACGAGUCCAUGACUAGGCCUAUCAGGAGUUUGACUGAAGCUAAAGGGUACGACACCUCCGUUCAUAGGCUUUCCACGUUCGGGGGUGCAGGGGGGCAGCAUGCUGUUGCAAUCGCGGAAAGCUUGGGUAUCCGCCAAAUUCUGAUCCACAAAUACUCUUCCGUGUUGUCGGCCUAUGGAAUGGCGUUGGCGGACGUUGUUCAUGAAGUCCAGGAACCCAGCUCCGCCGUGUUUGGCAAGGAGCAGAAGGCCGGCUUGGUUAGCAGACUUGAAGAGUUGAAGGGAAAGGCAGCUGGCGUCCUGCUUGAGCAAGGUUUUGACGAGCAGGACAUUGUUCAUGAAGAAUACCUCAACAUGCGAUAUCGUGGAACUGAGUCGGCCCUCAUGGUUGUCCGCCCCCAGAAGGAGGAAUUUGAUGGCGAAGAGCAUGAAUUCGGCGAAGCUUUCGUGAGGCAGCAUGAAAAAGAAUUUGGCUUUACACUCCCUAACCGAGACAUCAUCGUGGAUGAUAUUCGUGUUAGAGGGAUCGGGAAGAGCUUCCGGGGGCUAGAGAAAACCGUCGAUCAACAAUUGAAAACGAUCGAGCCUACCCCAGUUGAUCAGUCAAAACGUCAUAGUAUGAAGAAUGUGUACUUUGAGGGUGGCCGGCGGGAAACUCCACUCUAUCGGCUCAGUGAUUUGGCUGUUGGUGAGAAGGUUCAAGGACCCGCCAUAUUGGCUGAUGGGACGCAGACUAUUGUGGUUACUCCGGGAGCCACGGCGCUGGUUAUUGAAACCCAUGUGGUUAUUAACCUUGGUGACGCGGACGAGCAACGGGCGGGACUACGAAAGAUAAGUAUGAAGGAGGUAGAUCCUAUCAUGUUGAGUAUCUUUGCACAUAGGUUUAUGGCAAUUGCCGAACAGAUGGGUAGAGCUUUGCAAAAGACCAGUGUCAGUACCAACGUUAAGGAGAGACUGGACUACAGUUGUGCCUUAUUCGAUGAAAAUGGUGGAUUGGUUGCCAAUGCUCCCCACUUGCCUGUCCAUUUGGGUAGUAUGUCGACGUGCGUCAGAACCCAGGCGGCUAUCUGGAAAGGCAGGCUCAAGAGGGGUGAUGUUCUUGUGUCGAAUCAUCCUGAGUUUGGGGGUACCCAUCUGCCAGAUAUCACAGUUAUCACCCCCGCAUUUAGUGGCGAUAAUAUUAUUUUUUAUGUGGCAUCGAGAGCCCACCAUGCGGAUAUUGGCGGUAUUCUCCCUGGCUCCAUGCCGCCUCACUCUCGCGAGCUCUAUCAGGAGGGUGCAGCUAUCAAGUCGGAAAAGUUGGUAUCUGAGGGCCACUUUGAUGAGGAGCGAAUAACAGAGCUUCUUCUCGAGGAGCCUGCGCAGUAUCCUGGAUGCAGCGGUACAAGAUGCCUUGCGGACAAUAUCAAUGACCUCAAGGCUCAGGUGGCGGCGAACCAGAAGGGAAUCAACCUAAUUUCAACACUAAUAGAGGACUACGGCGAGGGCGUUGUCCAAUUCUACAUGACCUCCAUCCAGAACAACGCUGAGACUUCUGUGAGGAAUUUGCUGAAGAGCGUUUACAAGCGAUUUGAGGGCAAAGAACUAGUAGCGACAGAGCACAUGGAUGACGGAAGUCCGAUUUGCCUCAGGGUUGAUAUAGACCCCCAGAAGGGAGAGGCGGAAUUCGACUUUCAGGGUACUGGGCCGGAGAUGUAUGGGAAUAUGAAUGCUCCUGAGGCAGUCACUUACUCGGCCAUUAUCUACUGUCUGCGGUGCUUGAUCUCGGAGGACAUUCCUCUGAACCAAGGGUGCUUGAAGCCAGUGCAUGUUAAGAUUCCAAGGCAUUCAUUCCUAAGCCCGAGUGACGGUGCAGCGGUUGUUGGUGGGAAUGUCCUGACGAGUCAACGCAUUACAGAUGUGGUUUUAAAAGCGUUCCAAGCAUGCGCAGCCAGUCAAGGUGAUUGCAACAAUCUUACGUUCGGAUAUGGCGGAAGCCAAGAUGGCGGCGACCAUGUCAAGGGAUUUGGCUACUAUGAGACAAUUGCAGGUGGUAGCGGAGCAGGACCUGAUUGGGACGGAACCUCAGGGGUUCAUACACAUAUGACAAACACCCGCAUCACUGAUGCUGAAGUCUUUGAGCGCCGAUACCCUGUCAUCCUCCGUGAAUUUUCUAUUCGCAAGGGUUCUGGCGGUAUCGGUGCACAUCUUGGCGGUGAUGGAGUGAUUAGAGACAUCGAAUUCCGAAUUCCAGUUCAAGUCUCCAUCCUUUCAGAGCGGAGAGUCUACCACCCAUAUGGAAUGGGCGGCGGUGGAGAGGCCGAGUGCGGGCUCAAUCUCUGGAUUCGUGAUAAAGACCAACGUCCAAUUAAUCUUGGGGGAAAGAAUACCGCUGCGAUGAAACCUGGAGAGAGGAUCGUCGUCCAUACUCCCGGCGGCGGAGGCUAUGGCAAGCCCGAUGAGGAGAAGAAGCUCAAAAACGUUCAAGAUCCAAAGUAUGCGUGGAGAGGAGGGAGCUUAGCCAGCAGGCUCUCAACACAGGAGACAAAUUGAGGGUGCCGGUUGGUUCUAAAUGUGUGCUUUUUUAUUUGCUUGGUUGUAGGCGAUUGUGUAUAUAAUUCGUUCUCCCGAAUUAGCCACACCGUUAGUCUACGUGGGUUCUAUGCA